UGAAGAUGCAAUAUUUCGUUUGUUUGGAACAAAGGGUGGAAGGGCAAGAGAUGUUUAUGGUGCAUAGUAUUUAUGGUGCAUCCUUUUAUUCAGACGCAGAAGGGAUGCAAGGUAUGAAGGCAAGGUGGAUGGCAUUUACCGGUCAUACAUCCAACAUGCCUCAGCAUCACCAACCUCCGCGUCUGAUGUUGAAGCCUCAGGCACCGUAUCCUCAUGACAGAGUCUUUGUCUGGCAGCAAUCAUCAGUCAAUGAGAUAGGUCUCUAGGAUUUGGAGCUCUGUGUUCGUCUGUUGUCCGUUUGCUGAAAGACUUGUAGCAUGACCACCUCCACAAUACCGCUGCCGGUCUGGAUAUAUAUAUAUAUCUCAGGCAUGCUCCUGAGCCAAAGAGCAAAUCUCUCCACCACAACACAUCGGUAUCUUCCAAGAUGAAGCAAGACAAGACCUCUAUGCCAUAUGCCUGGUACUGGCACGGCAAACCCCUCCGUACGGGUAUUGCACAGGGAGAGAAGAUCGGACCCGUCUGUACCGGGUCACAUAUCCUCCAGACUUCCGACCACUGUACGCCUGAUCGACCAUGCUGUCCUGCCAAUAUCCCGGACAGAUCAUCAUGUCCCUGCGGACACGGACAUGGGCAUGGACAUGGUAGCAACGCCGAAAACCACCACUGGAUCCCAGAGCAGCCACCGCAGAACCCCAACUCCUGCUCUCCUGGAGUGCAACGACGAAGACAUUGCGGUCCGGAAGGCCAACAGGAUCAGAUCCCUCGCUGCUCCGCCCCGACUUUCACCUGUCAAGGCUGUCCGCACGACACUCCCCGCCCAGAGCCCUGCCCUCUAGACAGAUGCUGCAUAGCGGAAAACACCUGUCUCCCGGGGGAUCCAUACUGCCAGACUCCCCAAGACAUGGCGUACCCAGCAAGCAGAUGUAACUUCUGCUCCAAUCCCAAGCCUGAAAUGCACUGCGGCGACUCAACGAGAACGAGGAACCAGCAUCAGUCCGAACCGGUAAAGUGUCAACAGAGCUUCACUCGGUUCGAGAGCUGUGAUCGCUUCGACUGCUGUGAGGAUACCUUCUUCAGCAAAUGUGAGUAUUCGACCGAGGAGUCGAUGGAGACGGGUCACGGCCACGGACACGGCCAGGACACCGACUUUGAGACGAGGUCUUAUCAUCGGCGUCGUCCGUGGGUGAAUCAUCAGCUACAUCGCAAGUAUUAGUUUGGAUUCCGUUUACCAUGAUGUCCGCUGUGUUAGUGUGAGAUUGAGGGCGAUUUGUGAGGUUGGCAAGCAAUUUAGAAGAUA